AUGCGUACACCUGUAUAUUCUGAAAUGCUGAGAAGAAGAUUAACUUCACUAUUAUCAACUUCAAUCCUCAAUGCCCACAAUCAAUUCCCCAAACCCACCUCAAUCUUGCCACCGCGCAUAUCCAAUGUAACCACAUUGCUCCAAUUCGUAGAAUGCCGGCCAGGUUUGUCGAACCUGAGUUCUAAUGGAUGUUUUAAUUAUCAGAGUACGAGGGCUUACAGCAGCCUAUUGGCAUUGAACGAUUUGAGGGAUAACAAAGGGGCCCGGAAACAGAAGACCCGGAAGGGCCGGGGUAUCGGGUCGGGCAAGGGAAAGACGGCUGGUCGGGGGCAUAAGGGACAGAAGGCCCGGGGUACUAUGAAGUUUGGAUUUGAAGGUGGUCAAACUCCUCUUCGUCGCCGCCUCCCCAAACGCGGGUUUAAGAAUCCCUUCAGCCUCACUUUUCAGCCAGUUGGCUUAGGAAAAAUUGCAAAGCUGAUCAAUGCGGGGAAGAUAGAUUCUUCUGAGUUGAUAACAAUGAAAACUCUCAAGGAUGCAGGGGCAAUAGGGAAGCAGAUUAGAGAUGGAGUUCGACUGAUGGGCCGUGGGGCUGAACAUAUACAAUGGCCAAUCCAUCUUGAGGUGUCGAGGGUCACUGUCAGGGCAAAAGCUGCAGUUGAAGCUGCUGGUGGGUCCGUAAGAAGGGUGUAUUACAACAAACUGGGCUUCCAGGCAUUGCUGAAACCCGAGUGGUUCGAGAAGAAGGGCAGGUUGCUUCCUAAAGCAGCAAGGCCUCCACCGAAACAGAAAGAUAAGGUAGAUAGUAUUGGACGUUUGCCUGCCCCUACCAAACCAAUUCCUCUGACACACGAAGAGAAAGAGCCAAUGUCUGCUUAA